GACUGUCAGCUAUUUAACAAUCCCUACCCCAUAUAUGUCAGUUCAUUUCUCAGCAAUGCCUCCCACUCUUUAAAAAUACAACUGAUAUGAUAUCACAUCUGCCAUUUUGUUACAUCUUAACUCGUAAAACUUUGAGGAAGAGGAAAAGAAAGGGUCCAAAGUGCAAUAAAGGUGUGGUAGACAGAGCUGCAGAAGCAAAACUGCUUCUGAGAGAGGAAGAGAUAAGGAUAUAUGAAAAAAAAAAUUAGAAACAAAAAAAUCCAUAAAACACCAUCUAUUUCAGUGUGACUGGACAACGACAAAAUGACCAACUGGAAGCUGAUUUUCUGCAGCCUGUGUUUAAUAUCAGUGUUUUCAAGUGCUUUUGGGCUGGAAGUGACAAUGAGUCAAGCUUCAAUGGAGGUUGCCAGGGGUGAUGAUGUCAGCCUUACAUGUAAUUUUAAACCUAAAAAUCAAGAAAAUAGACUUAUCAUUGUAACAUGGACUGGUGAUGCUGAUGAGACCUCUGGAGACAAGGUACUUUUUGGUAACUAUUACUCCGAUAAUCCCAAAGUAGACAUUGGACCAGACUAUGAAGGCAAAGCCACGAUAGACUUUGACAUUAAGGCAAAAACAUCGAAACUGACAUUAAAACAAGUCACUCUUAAAGAAAGCAGAAAAAUUCGAUGUUAUGUUCAGAUUCCCGGAGACAUUGAUGGCAAAACAUCUGACACUACUUCUCUUUUGGUUCAGGUUGCACCAUCACAACCUGUUUGUAAGGUAGUGGGCACAGCAGAAUACGGACACAAUAUUAGCCUAACCUGUGUGUCUGAGGAGGGCUCGCCGAUACCCACGUACAAAUGGGAGAGAUAUGAUGUCAAUAAUGUCCCAAAAGCAUUUCCUCUUAAAACCACUGAAAAGAAUGGAGUUUUGUCUUUGGUCAAUGUAUCCAUGGAGACAUCAGGUUUCUACAUUUGCAUAUCAACCAAUAAGGUCGGAUCAGCCAAAUGUAACAUGACAUUGUCUGUAAUGCCAGCCUCUAUGAAUCUUGCCACAAUAGGCAUUGUUGCUGGUUGUAUUGCUGGAGCUGCAGUGCUCAUAAUAAUCAUCAUCUGCUGUUGCCGCAAACGGAAACAGAAAUCAAAAAAAGCUCAGGUGGUGGAAUACCACGACCAACCACAUAUAGAAUAUAUUGAGGAAGGGAAUACGUACAACACUGAAGAGAGGAAUGACAAAGCUCGAAGUGAUGACAAUGGAGGUGACCGUGAUGACCUCAGAGACCACUUCGAUGACCGCAAAGGUAGCCGCGAUGACCUCAGAGAUCGUGAUGACCUCAGAGUCAACUACAAUGACCGCAAAGGUAGCCGCGAUGACCUCAGAGAUCGUGAUGACCUCAGAGUCAACUACAAUGACCGCAAAGGUAGCCGCGAUGACCUCAGAGAUCGUGAUGACCUCAGAGAUCGCUACAGUGAUCGCAAAGGCAGUCGUGAUGACCUCAAAGAUCGUGAUGACCUCAGAUAUGAUCGCAGAGGUAGCCGUGAUGAGCUCAGAGAUCGUGAUGACCUCAGAUAUGAUCGCAGAGGUAGCCGUGAUGAGCUCAGAGAUCGUGAUGACCUCAGAGAUGAUCGCAGAGGUAGCCGUGAUGAGCUCAGAGAUCGUGAUGACCUCAGAGAUGAUCGCAGAGGUAGCCGUGAUGACCUCAGAGAUAGGUAUGAUGAUCGCAGAGAUCGGUAUGAUGACAGAGAUCGCUAUAGAUAAAAUCAUUAUGCUCAGUAUGAAAAUCACCAUGAUCAGUGAUGAGCCAUUUAAUUAUUAUGACAACCAUCCAAAUUUUCCUACAAGGAGGAUAGCAGUGAGGCAAGGCCUCAGAUGGUAUCCAGUGUGUGUUUAUGUUCUACAGUUGUUCAAAUAUAUAAUAUAUGUUUUCCUGUGUUGAUAAUCAAAUCAAAUUGUGCUUUAUCCCUACAGUGGCAAAUGAUUCUUCUGAGCUCAAUGAAUCAUCCUUUUUUUAUUUACUUUUUGUUCUAUUUUACAGGAUUGUAAUAGUAUUUUAUAUACAGCAUAUCGUUUUUUUUUUUUUUUUAUGUCUACCAGCUAAAGUAAUAAGGCUACAUCACAUUUUUUCUUCUGAAUCAUCAUUUUUUUUUGGGCGGAUGUUCAGAAUGGUGCUUAAGGACGAUGACAUCUCUACACUUAUUUUGUACAUUUCUAUAUUAUUUUAAAAAACUUCUAACCCUGCAUGUUAUGUAUAUGUUAGUUUUUUAAGACAAUGAAAUAGGCCCUACUUAAUUAUAAUCAUAAUUUGCAAUCCUUAUAAUUCAUUUUUAUGAGAGGUUUAAGAACUGAUUAGUAUGUUUUUAAUAAUUUUACAGCACAAUGUUGGAAUUUAUAAAAAUGGCUAGAACUAAUUCAUGUUACACACACCUGCUUGUCAUAGUUCAAAUAAAUAA